AUGGCGACGUCUUUAAACAAGUUAAAUACUGAGAAAUUGAAAGAAUUUCUUAAGUGUUCGUUAUGUCAGAAUACUUUUGAUGAAAACGAACACAGUCCUCGAUUGCUGGACUGUCUACACUCAUUUUGUUUAAAUUGCCUACAGAAGAAAUUAUCAAAUAAUUCAUUUUGUUGUCCAAAUUGUAAUGAAUCCAAUGAUUUUCGAGGGAGGGCCAUUACCGAUUUGCAAGUAGACAAACGAUGGGAAGUUUACCAAAAGUUUGUUGAAGUCUUCUCAGAGCGUGACCAAAUUCUAUGUGGAAAUUGUAAACGCAACAAUGAAUCUGUAGUAAUAUUUUGUCAGCAGUGUUCUUUCUUUCUUUGUGGGGAAUGCGACAAAGCUCAUAAGAUUUGGAGUGACUUCCAAAAUCACACAGUAUUUGCCAUUGAAAAUCUCAAGGGUGACUGGUCAGUUCUUAAAAACAUUGCGCAUGCGGGAAUUUCAAAAUGUCAAGUUCCAAAUCAUCUGCAUCAAGAGCAGAAAUUUUAUUGCACAAAUCAGAACUGUUCAAAGCCUAUAUGUGCUGAGUGUUGUCUCGCUGAACACCAGACCCAUGCUUUUAUCAGCCUGCAAGAGCAUAUUAAUAUGGUUCAAAGCAAACUGGCAGAGCAAUUAGAAAUAUUACAGAAGAAUGUCAAACAGUAUCAAGAAAAUAGAAAGCUUUGUCAAGAGGAGGAAGAUAGACUAUCCAAUUUGGAAUCGAGACUGUACAAGGAGAUAGAUGAUUCAUUUAAUAUAUGCAUUAAGUUAAUGCAAGGCAGGCGUGAAGUUAUCAAAGCCAACUUAAGAGAAUCAGUUGAAUUAAAGAAAACUGAUUUUCAGAAAGGUAUUGACGAGUGUGAGCAAUUUCAAAAUUCCUGUAUGCAUUUAAAGGAAUUUUUGAAUACGUUCAAAAUGUUGGGAGAUCCUAGUUUUCUGAUCGAAAUCUUCCCAGUGAUCAUCAAAAGAAUGCGUUCCUUGAAUGAGAAAACAUUGACAUGCAAACCUGAUGACUUUUCCCACUUUGAGUAUGAUGUUGACACAUUUACAACUUCAGUAAAGGCAUUUGUAAAAACUCUCGGAAACGUAAAAGAUUUGUCUGUUUCCUCAGAGCAUUCAUUCAUUGAACUCCCGGAAAAAGCAGUUGUGCACCAAACCAUUGAAAUAUUUAUCCAUCUAAAAGACGACACUGGAACGCCUUUCUCAAGUCAAAUUAAUGGCAUUUCAUUAUAUAUAAAUUCGAGUGAAGAAAAGGGUGUAAAAUUCACAGCAACAUGGUCGGAUGCAAAGUAUUCUUUGAAAUGGAAACCUGAUAUUCAAGGAAAAUACACUUGUAGAGUUUUGGUACAAAAUCAUGACGUAAACGUUGCCUCAGAAAUUUUCAUUUGCGAGAACACAGACCAAGUUGCACAGCUAAAACCUCAGAAGGAAACAGACAAUGUUAAAGAUACAAAAUCGAAAGCAAUCCAGGUUAAAGAAGCAGGUACAUAGCCGAGUAUUGUUGAAUGCAGACCAAAGGCUGCAUUGACAGAAAACUCUUCUGGACAAAAAUCAAGCAAACAAACAAACCAGGUACAAGUGACAAAGCAACAGACAGAUUUCAUAAAACUCGAGAGAGAGAGCCACAUUGUGGAUACAGGCUUAAAUGUUGCCAAGGAAAAUCAGCAAGGAAAAUAUAUGCAGCUUAAAUCUUUGCCCAACAUUCGAGGACAACACAAAGUAAAUGACUGGGAAGCAUUUAGUCCAAAGAAAUGUCUUCCACCACUGGAAUGGCUGAAUCUUUCAUCGGGACCCACGAAGGUGAGCAACAUUACCGUCAGAUGCAACAGACCCUUUAGUGCUAUUGGUCUACGUCCACCACCACGAGUACCAGAGGACAGACUUGUACCUCCCUUAAGACGUUCAAGAACUGAUGUAUUUUUGGAAUCCUUUGAACACAAACACUCCAUUGAGCUGCCAGUUGUCAGAGGCGGAGUUGUUAACUUUCGUCCUCCUAUUUACUUUGAUGUAACUACUUUGCACAGAGAUAGAUGCUUGUCCAAAGAUCACCGCAUAUUGAGUAACAAAGAGAUGUGGGAAACAAAAAGACAACUCCUGGCUGGGAAGCAUCUGAAAAAUUACACUGGAUCACUCCUUACUUUAAAACUAAAUAAAGCUAUUUUUGCUUAUUUUCAGUUCCAUGUGGAAUACAGAAUAUUUAGAGACAUGAAGGCCUCAAAUCUUAUUGUUGAGGUUGCUAUCAACAAUCUUCGAGAAAUUGAUAUGUCUGAAAGUACAUUCUUUCGAAAUAGUGGUUGGUCUCUCCAGAUAUGUCACUGUAUAGACUGUUAUAAAGUUUGCCUUUUUGCCCAUUGUAAUUCGACCUUCGUUCACGAGCCGGUCUCUAGUGAUCGAGCAGGUACUUCGCAGAUAUGCUCGUAUGGCCUCUGCAUAAAUGCGCUAAAAAGAACCAUUCAACUUGUUGACGUCAAUCAAAAUAGACUUCUGGGAACAUUCAGUGAUGUCAACAUUACCGAGGAAGACGUAGUUGCAAUUGGAGUUUACAAUCCAAGCCGUCUAGAUGUAACCGUUUCGUUGGAAUCUGGGAGUGAAAUAAGAAAAAUGCCAUUUGGAAUUUUGGACACUGGUAGAAAUC